AUGAUUCUCACAUUAAAGGCCGUAGGACUUCAAAGAUGUGUCUUCCUGGGGCCACCAAAGCUGCAAAACUACUUGAAAGCGAUUCGACUCUUUCCUGGCCCCCUGAAGAGGAUGGAUUUAGCUGUGCAGCUGCACACGGAGCCCGAGUACAAGGACGAGACGAUGACGGUCUGCCAGGUGCCUCUUACAGGAAAACCACAAGCUGCUGGAAGUAGAUCGCCUCAGAGUCCUGGAACAUCAACCCAAGGUGUCAGGAGCCCUAAAGGGGAUACAGGGCCUGGAUCCCCAGGAGCUGCACAGCAAAGCUUGGAGGAGGGCAAGGGAAAAGAGAGCCCAGAGAAAACAGGUGAUGAACAGAAGCAUGCAGACAGGCACCCCGACAUGGUGAUGGCUUUCCUUUGUAAGAUCCACCCAAAGAAGGGAAAAUUCCUGGCAGCUAAAGCACAGGAGAUGGGUCUGCCAGUGGGAACUCCGGCCAUUCUUCCCAUAAUUACAGCUCUCAAAAAUGGGGAGAGCGUCACUUUUGAAGGCAGAGAGCUCCUUCCCGAAGACCUGUGCACCCCUCCCGACCCCGGGCCGGUGUUCCUGGUGCUGGAGUGUCCUCAUGAGGGCUAUGUGGAUGCCGUCUGUGAGAACGAGACCUUCCAAAGGUACCAGGAGGGACUUCCUGAGAACCAGGUGGCCUUGGUUAUUCACAUGACUCCAGAGGCAGUGCUUCGAGACAGCCGCUACCAGCAGUGGAUGGAAAGAUUUGGACCUGGAACUCAGCACCUGGUGCUCAAUGAAAACUCCUCUGCAGUACACAACCCACGCAGCUACAAAAUCCAGACUCAGCUAAACCUCAUCCACCCAGAGAUCUUCCCUCUGCUUACCACCUACCAGAGCAAGGAAGAAGAGGCCGUGUGUCGUGUGCCCGUGGUGCGAGGAGAGUGUCUCCUGAAGUACCACUUCAGACCCCAGCAGGAGUGGCAGCGAGACACUGUGACUGUCUGCGACCACGAGGCGUUUGUGAGCGAAGCCUUGGACCUGCCCGACUUCCAGAGGUGUGUGAAGGAGUGCAGAGAGAGCCUGGCUGCUCUGCCAG